ACUUCUGCUUCACGGCGUUUGCCGUGUUUCUUUCACGAUGCCAAAUUUACUCGAUGACAGUUUUGAUCCAACUUUUCAAUCAACAUCAAAAAAAUUGGUACUUCCGUCUAUUCGAAAGGUUCAGCCCGAAUAUGACAAUCUUCCCGAAGAGCAGGGGGUUAACGAUUUCUCAAGUGAUGAACUGAUGAAAUUGCUCUCGUUCAUGGAAGGUGAAGUUCAAGCAAGAGAAGAUGUCAUUGAUCAUCUGAAACGUGAAAGAACGAAAAUUCUACUAUCCGAAGCUAAAUAUGGAAAACUAAAUAUGAACGAUCCAUUUGCUGCGUUGCGACGAGAUUCGGCAAUUACUGGCGAACAGAUUGAUGAAGAGAAGAUUGUUCAAAUGUACGAGUCACAAGUGGAUCAGUUGGAUAAGAUGAUGGCAGUGCAAAAGCAAUCGCAAAGAAAUGCGGCUGUGCUGUUGGUUGCGCUGGAGAAGAAGCAAUAUAAACUCGUGAAAAAGUUGGAGGCGGAUAGAGAAGCUAAAAUAAGGUACGCGAAACAAGGAGAUGAUUUGGUCGCUCACUUGGAAAAAGAACGAAAUCAACUUCAACAACAAAUUGAAUUUCAUAUUGAGGAGAAACGCAAAGCCGAAAUCGCAAAGGAUAAAAUGGAAAUGACACUUGGAAAUGAGAAAAAACGUCACGAAUCAAUCGUUUUGUAUUUGAUACAAGAACGCAAACAAAUGCUUUUAAAAAUGCACGAAUUAAGAGUGAAAGCCGAACAAAUUAUGCUUCAAAAUCAAAAUGAUCCUACCAAACCUGGUCCAUCAUCAGCGUUAAGUGAACGCGAGCUUAUUGAGGAGCUGAAAAAAGAAGUCACGUUUUUACGAGCAGAACGGGAAUCGCUCACAAAAACUCAGAAAAUGGUGAAAACUGAAAAUCUGAGCCUUCGAGAAACAGUUCGUGGACAAGAAGCCGAUCUUCAGAUGCUUCGACGGAAUCUGACGUUAACUGGAGCAAAAAUGUCAAUUGAUAAGCCUGGGAAUGUACUACCUCAACUUCCACCCGACACAGGAUCCCUAAUAAUGGCGAAUCGAGGUGCAAAACCAGCAGUUAAUAGACAACAGCCAGCUCCUCCUCCUGUAGCUCGUCUUCCAAAUUCAGCAACAUUUCCAACUGAAAAGAGUCGACUUCCAAGAGCUCCACCUCCAGCUGUAACAACACCGGUCCCUCGAAUGAGUAUUGGAAGUUUGCCGGCAUCUAGUUCUAAUGUACCUCGCACAAUGAGUUCGCCAGUGAAAAAGACACCAGUUAUGGGUGUUUCCUCCACAGCAGUCCGACGCCCUCAGUCCGCAGCAACUACUACAAUGCCAACUACCUCAGUUAUAACAAAUACAUCUGCUGUGAUGCCACUGUCGCCUGAUCUCGAACAGCUGGAGGCUGCCAUACAAUCUAUGAAUGUUGUUACCGCCAGUCCCCCCGCAUAUUCAACUGCCAUGGCCAAACGGAGUUCAAGUCUUCCGAGAGAAGCAAAUAACAAUCCACCAGGAGCUCCAAUCCGUAGAAGCACGAUGAACGGUGGAAUGCACACAUCUACGACGGGAGUCGUUAGCACUAGAAUUGCCGGACCUUCGUCAAACGUGGCAAGUGAACGAAAACUUUCUGGAACUGUAAAGCGGAACGGAAUUCUCGCAAAAGCGUUUGGAUCAUCGAAAUGAUAUUUUAUAUUCAAAAUCUUAACUUACCUAUCUGCACUUCUACCUAACAAACAUUCAUGGGUAUUACGAUUCUCUCAUUCUUUCAGUUUUUGCUCAAUUUUCUUACAAUGUUUUAUCGCACUUUUCAUCAUUUUCUUACUUGUUUGUUUAUAGUUUUCAUUUCGUGUAAAAUCAGAUCAAAUUAAAUAUUGCACGUAUAAUGAAAAUAUUAAAUUC